AUGUUGUCUCUUUCUCUUCAUGGGCUUAAUUAUCAGCAGAUGAGGAUGGUUUCUGGUGGGGUGAAUGCAUCUUCACCAGCUAUGGCUUCUUUGGGAUCUCGUGGCAGGUAUGAAUUUAAUAGUUGUGGUGGAAUUUGGAGUGGUUUUGGGAAAGGAAAGAGGAACAAUUUGAUUGCCACAACUGGGAAUGCUGCCCUUAAGAAGAGGAGGUUGAGUAAUUUACCUCUGUGUUCUUCUGCUCUGGCGGAAUCCCGAAAUUCAUCCAGAGCCGACAUCUAUAAGGAGGUUCUUGAAGCUGCUAGGGAAAGAUUUACUCAGGAAAUUUCUUUCCAGUCCAAGGACAAAGAUAUCUCACUUGCGAAGGCUUUACUUUAUGUUGCUGCUGAAGAUGAGGCAUUUUUGGCUUUAAAUCGGGAGUUGGACUCUCGUUCGCUCAAUAAUGAAAGGAGAGAUUUGUCAUCACCUUCUGAUGCUGAAGAGUCGGAUUAUGUGGAGGCUAUGCUUCUAGCUGGAAAGAAUAUAAGUGAGUGGCUGUCCGAGUUGGAUGCCAUUGCUAAGCAAGUCGAAGCCGAGCUGGUUUCAAGAGAUAUAGGAUGUGAUUUGGUAGAAGUUUUGGAGGCAGUGAACAAAGUUCUUUUUGAGUUGAGAGGUUUCAAAAGGUCAUUCAUAGUAACAGAUUCGAAGUGUUCAUACCUGCACUUUGUAUUAAGCUCUGGAUGUGCCAGCGCAAUUUUACUUAGUGUAAUUUAUAUUGAGGUUUGUCGAAGACUUAAUCUGACCAUUGUGGGAUCUCGAGUUGGGGAGGAUUUUUUGAUAUGGCCACCAACUGGGAAUCCUGAGAGGCUAUUCAAAGUAACUUCUGGACAUAGCUUGUUUGGGGUUGUCAAUGGGAAGUGUGUGGACGACCCCAGAUCUAAGGCCUCUGACAUAAAUAGUAAUUCGCUCUUGGGGCUUGACAUUGCUGCAAAUCGGGAUAUUAUUGGGAUCGCUUUGGCAAAUUUGAUGAGGAUUUACUGGAAACGGGCUUCAAGAAAAAAUUAUGGAUUGAUGCUGACUUCUCCCCUUAGGUCUGUUUAUAAAGCCGGCGAGAAAUUUAACAAGAAUGAUGGUGCAAAUUUCCCUUUGUUGCGACCUCAGGAGCUGAGACUCGCAAUCAUGGCUUCCCAAAGAUUGCUGAUUCUGCAACCGCACAACUGGUCCUUGAGACGAGAUUAUGGCAUGAUGUUGUACUAUAGUAGAGAAUACGAGGAAGCAGUCCAAGAACUUAGCAUCUGCAUGGCUUUUGCCCCGGAAGAAGAGGCCGAAGUGCUAGAACCAUUUGUCGAAAAAUUACAUCUGAUGCGGCUUGAAUCAUCGUGGAAAUCUUUGGGGCAAAAAGGUCGGCUAGCUGUUCCUUGA